UUCACAUUUGAAGUUAGUGGGAAAAAAUUUAAAUUUUUGUUUGCUAAAGGAGCUAAAUAACUCAUCAAAUGACUGUCUACAACUGCAUUUAAAACAACCCUUAAAGGAGGAGCCAAGGUUGUGGGAGGAGCUGUUGGAAUGGCGUUUGCACUUUCUGAGGCGAUUGACAACUGGAAAGACUUGAUCGAGAAGAAUCAUGUGACUGAAGCGAGCCAAUCACUGAGAGAUACAGCCGAUGCUAUUCUAAUGAUGACCAAGACACUGAGGGGACAGUUUGACGACAUGAAGAAGAUGUUUGAUGACAUCGCUAAAAGUCAACAACAACACGAAGAAGAGCUUUCCAAUAGGAAAAACAAGACUCAAGACUGUACAGAACAGCCAGAGGAAGAGGAGAGUGAUGGUGAGGAUGAAGGGAGCGAUCAGGAAGAAGAGGAGAGUGAUAGCGAGGAAUAGACAGAAGAUGAUGAAAGGAAGCAGACAAAGCGUCAUCGAAAGGAGACUCAAAGUGAAG